AUGGUGAAGAGGAGCGGUCGAACGGCUCUGAAAGCUCGUGCUGCUAGUGGCGUCGAACACACACAACUACAACACGACCGUGAAGCAAAAGGAUUCAGACCAGUGAAACGGUUUUCGACAGCCAGGCUAGUCCCUAUACGGGACCGAGUCACAGGAGGGGCCGAGAUCAUUUUCUUAGACCGGGUAUACCAAAGUCAUCAUAAAAACAUGCUCAGUGCUCAAAAUCGUUACCUAGAGCCAAAGAAACAGCCACAUCUCACACGUCUCUCCAGCCAAGCCACCACCUCCUCCGUCCCACCAACCAUGCCCCUCCUCGAAAUCGAACAAAAAUUCUCCUUCACCCUCGCCAACGCCGCCAUCUUAUCCCGCAAAGGCGGCUUCCCUCCUUUCAAAACCCUCGGCGAAUUCCGUUCGCAGACCUUCCGCGACACGUAUUACGACUCGCAAAACAAGCUCUCAAACACGGGGCUCUGGCUCCGCAAGCGCCACCUCCACGCGGACCCUGCUCACCCACACACACCGUCACCCGGGGACGCUCCGGUGUGGGAAGCCAAGCAGAGCAUGCAGGGCGGCUCCUUCCUCCGUUCCACGUUCUCCGAAACCCGGGACCGGAGCCAGAUCCUCGAGCUCGUGCGCUUGCAUUUCCCGGAUCAGAUUUCCGGUUUCCGGGACGAUUUCGGGCUGGAUGCGAUUGCCGGGUUCGAGACGCGGAGGCUCACGCUUUUGGCCGACGACAAGUUCACGGUCGUGCUCGAUGUCACCGAUUUCGGACACGUGGUUGGGGAGGUGGAGCUGAUGGCUGAAGAUGCGGGGGAGGCUCAUGCGGAUAUUGAUGCUUUCUUUGAGGAGUAUGCUUGGUUCUUUGACACGUCGAACCCGAAGGGAAAAUUGACGGCUUACUUCGAAAAGUUCGGGUAUCCGAAGUGGGAGACGUGA